AUGGUAACAGCGUUUAAUGUAGGUGACGUUGAUUCGUUCAUGGAAAGUUUUGCACCUUUCAUCAUCAGCUGUAUGUGUACCGCCAAAUUUUUCAACUUUAUUUUUAACGGCGAACAGAUGAGGAGUCUUUUGAACAUGAUGAGAGACGAUUGGAAGAUAUACUCGGCAUCGAGUAAUGAACUCGAAAUUCUCUCCCGACAUUAUGCAGUGGGGAAAAGAAUUACACUUAACUAUGCAACUUUUCUAUACGGAUCAAUGACACCCUUUAUGAUGAUGCCAUCGCUACAGAAUGCAGCUAGCACUUUAGGGUUCUUCAAUCUUUCCGGCGAACGAGCGCCGCUGAUGUAUCGCGUUGAACAUUUCGUGGACGCGGAGAAAUAUUACUAUCCUCUGCUGAUCCACUCAUACUUUGGCACCGUGGCAUUUAUCACAAUCGUCGUCGCUUGUGAUUCGAUGAUACUACUUUACGUUCAACACGAGUGCGCGCUUUGCGAGAUUUUAAGAGAUCGACUACGAAACUUCGUGGAUCAUGACAAUAUGGACAUAGAGUUGCACCCCAGCAAACACGAAGACAGACCGUACAAAAAUGCCAGAACCUGCAUAAUGUUGCACAAACACAUAAUCGAAUUUGCUCAAAAAAUCGAGAAUGCAAACACGGUGUCAUUCUUGUUCCAAUUGGGAUUCAAUUUGAUGGGUGUCAGCUUCACUCAGUUCCAGGCAAUAGCAAAUUUAGACAGGCCAAACAAGUCUCUCAGCUUUGGUUCGUUUACGACUUCCUUGUUAAGUAUUCUUUUACUCGACAGUUGGCGGGGACAACAAGUUUUAGACUCCACUGACAACAUAUUCGAAUACACGACAAGCGGAAAAUGGUACCAAUCAUCUAUGAAUUCUAAAAAACUUCUAAGUAUUAUGUUAACAAAGAGUGUAGUGCCUAUUAAAUUAACAGCUGGCAGACUCUACACAUUAAAUUUAGAGAACUUCACCGCGGUUGUAAAAACAUCAUUUUCAUAUUGCAUGGUUUUGUGCUCCUUUCAGUGA